AUGUCACAACACCAGGCGAAUCAUCGCAAGCGAAGGCGCGAGGAGAGUGAGCGGGAGGAUGGAGUGGUGGCACCACUGAGGCAAGCCGAGACGAUCGCUGAUCGUGACGAGGAGGAGAUGGAGGACGACGUGGAGCAGAUGGUGGUGGAGGCAGUGGAGCGCCAAACGCCGGUGCCCCGGAAGAAGAGCACGGAGCGCGUCAGAGCUUUCCGAAUGCCGAAAAAACUGAAAGUGCACGGUGCGGAGGAAGCAGAGGAGUCGAAAAAAACGGUUCCGCGGAAAACGAGCACUGAGCGCGUUCGAGAAUUCCGAAGGCGGAAGAACCUGGAGAGGGAAGCGGAUCUUGGAGGUACUGUUGGGGUUGGAAAUGCUGCAGCAGCUGUGGAUUUGGAACCAAUGCCCGGCAGAAGCACUGACCCUGUGCGAUUCUACCCAAGCCGUGACCCGAUCUUAAACCUGGAACCGAUGCCCGGCGGAAGUAGGGAUCCUGUUCGAUUUUUCCCACGUCCCGACCCGGUCCAGAUUCCAGCGCGCUCAAGAGGGGGCACGUCCCGGGCCGAUUUCGGGAGAAAUCUUGAGACGGGUACGAUUGCCACAGCUGGUGGCAAGCCAGAUUGCGUGAAGGCCGACAUUGCAUUUCACAAAAAGUUCACCGAAAACAAACUGGGUGAUUAUUGCAAUGUUUGUGAACGCAUCUGGUUCAGCAAUGACUUGAGGCCCAUCACAAGCGAUGGCGGGAGAGUGUUGGUCGAGGCAGGCCACUUUGAGUCAGUCGCGGGAUUCAAGGUGUGCCAGACUUGCAACAACUCUCUGAGGAAUGGAAAAGUACCCACUUUGUCCACAUCAAACGGAUUUACCUACCCGGAGAAGCCAGCGAACCUUCCACCACUGGAUCCGAUCACCGAGCGGUUGAUUGCGCCAAGGCUGCCGUUCAUGCAAAUUCGUCGGCUCAGUCAUGCGCGAGGAAGCUACACAAUCAUCGGGCAGAUCAUAAAUGUCCCUGUUGAUGUCAACGAGAUGGUUCGGAUGCUUCCGCGUCAAUUGGAGGAUGAUUACGCCUUUAAUGUUUGCAUUAAAAAGCAAUUGAUCCACAAGUCUAACUACCUGCAGGGAUAUGUCAAGAAGUCUGUCGUUAAAGCUUGGCUUCGCUAUCUUAUCAACACUCCGUUGUAUAAGCGCGAAGGUAUCGUUUUGGAUGAAAGCCUCAUGGAACCAGAUGUACCAGAAGGUACUGACGGUGAGGAACUGAUUGAGCUGGAUGUAUCGGAAGUCGAGGAUAUCCCAAGAGAUGUCCCAAGAAUUCCCCAGCAAAAUGACCAAAUUGCACUUGACGUACUCGAAACUGAAGCGGAAUUGUUCGCAGGACAGCAACAGACCGUCUUCUGGAACGAGGACAUGAGUCUUAAUAUUGCUCCUGGUCAGAACAGAAUGCCGACUUCCAUCGUGUACGAUCAGUAUGCAGAAGAACUUUCUUUUCCCGGAAUCUACCAAGGAAAAAUGCGAUCGUACAGGAAAGGGGUUCGCGUAACUCCUUACGAUAAGGCUACCAGUGAAACUAGACGACGUGACCGGCGUGGAGCAAAGCCGACUCACAUCCUGUACAUGGGUGUUAAGAUCAUGCGUCUUCGGGUUCACGAUGGAGUUUCGAGCUCCUUUAGGGUCCAAGGUACGAACAAUGUGACCCGUGCUCAACUCAGUGACCCGCAGUUCAUGCAGAGCCUUAUCGAGAGGAACUUCGCGUGGCUGAAAUCGAUUCCGAACUCGGCAUUGUACUGGCAGAUACGGGAGAAAGAUUUGUUCGCCAUGAUUCGACAGCUGGGAAAGCCGACGGUUUUCUUGACAAUGAGUGCUAACGAGACUCACUGGCCCGAACUGCUGAAGAUACUGUACAAGCUCUCGGAUCAAGAGAACAGGAUCGACUUGACAGAACCGAUGGAGCAACUAACAGCACUUCAAAGAGCAGUAUUGGUCAGUGAAGAUCCAGUCACGUGCUGCCUCUAUUUCAACAAGCUGAUCGAAGUCAUCCUCUUGAUCUUGGGUUCGAAAACUCAUAGUCCGUUCGGGAAGUACUACGUCGUCGAUUACUUCAAACGGAUUGAGUUCCAGCAUCGCGGUAGUCCCCACUGCCAUGCAGUGCUUUGGCUCGCCAACGAUCCCAAGGAACCUGCUUCCGAGCACAUGCCUGCUACUCUGGAACUGAUCAACACCAUCACUUCCAUUAGAUUCGAGGACCUUCCCACGCAGACGGCUACUAAGCAGGUUCAUCGUUGCACGUUCACUUGCACAAAACGAGGGGAAAAGCGCUGUCGGUUCAAUAUACCGUACUGGCCCAUGAAGGAACAACGGGUCCUGCUUCCUCUUAAGGCUGACGACAGUCGCCGCAAAGAGUUGAAGAAACGCGCUGAGGAAAUGCGUGAUGUCCUGGCAACAAUGGUAUUCGAUACGAUUGAGGACUAUCUGGCCCACUGCGAGUGUACAUACGAGUACUACCUGGAUGUAGUUCGUGCAUCGCUGAAACAGCCUACGGUCUUCUACAAGCGCUCGAUGGAUGAAAAGGAACUGCGAACGAAUCCGUUCAACGCAUGGAUUGCGGACAAGCUGCGUUCGAACAUGGAUCUCCAGUUUAUUGUUGACGAAAAGAAACUUUGCCACUACCUGGUAGAGUACGUCAACAAGUCCAAUCGUGGUGUUAGUGGAUUGCACCGAGAGCUGAUCCUCAUGCAAGAGCAGAACCCCGAAAUGGACUACGGCGAGAUGCUGAAGAAGAUCAGCCUGAAGAUGCUUGGAGCCGUGGAGAUGUGCGCUCAGGAAGCAGCCUGGUUCCUACUGCGAUUGCCGAUGUCCGAGGCAAGUAAGAAAGUUGAGUUCAUUCCAACUGCGUGGCCCCAAGACCGGACAAGAAGCAGGAAGCACUUCAAGACCAUGGAUGCAGAAGGAGUUGGCGAUGACUCGACUGAUGUGUGGAACAAGAACAUCAUCGAGAAGUACGAAGAGCGUGAAGGCCUGGAAGACGUCUGCUUGGCUGAGUUCGUAGCUUGGUAUUCUCAGGAAAGAGGUAAAAACAGCUACAAGAAAAGGACACAGCCAAGGGUGCUGCGUUGGCGCGGAUUCGGUAUGAGCGAGCUUACUGAGUAUAAGCGCGAAUCUGUUCUCCUGUUUCUGCCAUUUCGUAAUGAGGUGGUGGAUGUUCUCGACCAGAAUAAGUUCCUCCAGUUGUACGAUUUGCAUGAGGAACAACUCUUGGCAAAGCGUAAGGAAUACGACUGUGAGUUGAAUAUGGAGCAAACGGUCGAGGAGUAUCUGCGCACUAUUGCGAACUUGGAGGAUGGAGCGGAGAACAACGCAGCAACCGAAAAGCACGACGAGCUGGUGCGGACAGUCAUCAUGCAGCCGAAUAAUGAUGACUUUGAGCUGCUGCCCACAAGAGGUUUAAGAUCUGUUAUCAAGCAACGCACAAACGUGUUGUCGAAGGAGGCAUAUUGUGAGAUGAUGCGAGCUACGAAUGCAGAGCAACGGGCAUUGCUUCUGCACGUAAUCCAUCUGAUGCAUUGCUACGAAGAGCACGAGCCGCUGCAGGUUUUCUUGACCGGUCCGGCAGGAAGCGGCAAAACCUUCGUAUUGCGUGCGCUUAUGGAAACGAUCAAUCGGUACAGCCAAACUCACAACUCCCGCGACAACGCGUAUGUAGCUUCAGCUUCGACUGGAAAAGCAGCCAGCGCAAUUGGUGGAACCACCCUGCACCACGCUUACCACAUCACCAUGUCUCGCCAGGCAACGAAGAUGAAUUUCGAAACGCUCCAGAUGUACAGGAACGAGAUGCAGCAUAUCAAGUUCCACAUCAUCGAUGAGGUCAGCAUGGUUGGCGCCCACACCCUGAAUACCGCACACAUACGCCUCCAGGAUGUUUACAUGAUCUAUGAUGUUGCAUAUGGCGGUGUGAAUGUGUUGGUGAGUGGAGAUUUGAUGCAGUUGCCCCCAGUCAAUGCUCGCGCCGUGUUCAAGCCUCCGUCGAACUCCAUCUGUGGCGCUGUGGUGUGGCAGUCGUUGAUGUUUCACGAGCUCAAACAGGUUAUGCGUCAGGCGGAUAAGCAGUUUUCAGACAUUCUUACCAAGAUUGGUAAUGGGCUGAAACUGACCGCCGAUGAAACCAAACUGAUCGAGAGCCGUUUCUUCACAAAAGAGGAUCUGAGCAAGGAGGACACUGGCGGGGCGGUACGACUGUUCCAUCGGAACAUUGACGUAACCAGCUACAACAACGAAGCGCUGAGAAACAUUGACGGGCUAGAUUGCACAGCAGACGACACCUUUGUGGGAUACAAGACUGCAGAGCAACUGGCAACUGCUCGUAUCAAACUCUACAAGAUGAGUCUGGCUGAAACGGCAGGUUUGCAGUAUACAACUAAGUUCUGUCCUGGAAUGCCUUACAUGGUCACCACAAAUGUCAAUGUGGAAGAUGGCAUAGUGAAUGGUGCAAUUGGGGACUUGAUGUAUGUCGAAGAGGGCGUUGAUGACUCAGAGGAUCGCAUCAUGAGACUUUGGAUCAAAUUUGAAAACGCGCAGAUCGGGAUCAUUGCGAGGAAAGAGGUGGAGCCUAUGAUACGCACACGACCCGACAUCUUGCAGUCAGAUUGGACUCCAAUCGUGAAGCGAUCCGCAAACAUCGAUCUGGGUAACCGCAUUAAAUGCAAGCGCAUACAGUUCCCGGUUACACCAGCUAAUGCCCUUACCAUACACAAAUCUCAAGGUGGAACCUUUGAUAAGAUUGUGUACGACUAUGAUAAGUCCCAGGAUCAGCAAAUGGUGUACGUCGGUUUAUCACGUGUGAAGUCGCUGCAGGGCCUCUUUUGA